AGGCCACACGAAGAGUAUAAUUUAGUUCAUUCAAAGAAUGGAAGGUCUGAUUUUAUUCGAAACAUUUUGGUGAAGAGAAUUGAAAUUGAAUGGAGAAAGAACCACACAAGGAUAAAGGAUGGGUAUGGAGGGGGCUGAUCCUGGUGAUCAUGGCUCUUGUUCUUGCUGCAGUUUUAAUCAGUUUCCGAAAAUAUUUUCAUCGUUCUAAUUCUUCAGAGGCAAAUGCUCACCAAGUGGUUGACAAAUAUGCAAAUGCUCUAAGCAUUGCUAUGCAAUUCUUCGACGUUCAGAAGUCUGGAAAAUUGGUGAAUAAUAAGAUUGCUUGGAGAGGAGAUUCGGCUUUGGGAGAUGGAAGUGAAGUGAAUUUGGAUUUAAGUAGAGGAAUGUAUGAUGCUGGAGACCAUGUGAAGUUUGGAUUUCCAAUGGCAUUCACUGCUACAGUUUUCUCAUGGGCUAUUUUGGAGUAUGGAAACCACAUGAACAUGGUGAAUGAGCUGGAUAACGCCCAUGAAUCCCUCAAGUGGAUCACUGAUUUUCUUAUUAAUGCUCAUCCUUCGGAGAAUGUCCUGUAUAUUCAGGUGGGGGACCCAAAGCUGGAUCACACAUGCUGGGAAAGACCUGAGGAAAUGACAGGAAAAAGGCUUCUUACACAAGUUAACGCAUCGUAUCCUGGGACAGAUGUUGCGGCUGAAAGUGCAGCAGCAAUGGCAGCUGCAUCCUUGGUGUUCAAGGCAAUUGACUCUGCCUACUCAGGAACACUGUUAAAGCAUGCCAAACAGUUAUUCAAAUUUGCUGAUAGUUAUAGAGGUUCGUAUAGUAUCAGCAUACCCGGAGUGCAAGAUUUCUAUAAUUCUACUGGAUUUUUGGAUGAACUCUUGUGGGCAUCUGCUUGGCUUUAUCAUGCUACUGGAGACAAAUCUUACUUAACAUAUGUGUCUGCAAAUGGCAAUGCGUUUGCUAAUUGGGGAAAUCCAUCUUGGUUUUCUUGGGAAAACAAAUUGGCUGGAGUUCAGGUCCUAUUAUCAAGGGUCAAUUUCUUUGGUUCAAAGGAAGACAUUUCAACUGAGGAAAGUCUUUCCCUCCAGUCGUACAGACAAACUUCUGAGAUCUUCUUGUGUGGACUUCUACCUGAAUCCCCAACGGCAACCUCUCAAAGAACAGCAGAUGGCCUGGUAUGGGUGAACCAGUGGAAUCCAUUCCAGUAUUCUGUGGCCUCUUCAUUUCUGGCAGUGGUUUACAGUGAUUACAUGCUUAGCUCCCAAACAUCAAAUUUAUAUUGCAGUGGGAAGUUAUAUGAACCAACAGAAUUGCGCAACUUUGCAGUUUCACAGUUGGAUUAUAUCUUGGGAAACAAUCCAAUGGAAAUGAGCUACCUUGUUGGUUAUGGAAGUAGAUAUCCUCAGCAAGUUCACCAUAGAGGUGCUUCAAUUCCAGUAAAUGCUAAUUCUAAUUGCAGUGAUGGCUUCAAAUGGCUUCACACAAGACACCCUAAUCCAAAUGUUGCAGUUGGAGCUCUUGUUGGGGGACCAUCCCUUAGUGAUACAUACAUGGACUCUCGUAACAACAUUUCGCAAAGUGAACCAACUACCUACAACAGUGCCCUCAUUGUAGGACUCAUCUCAGGCCUUAUCACCUCUUCUUCACAAGUAGAGUCAUUUGUGAAAAACUGAAAACUCAACUCCAUCACUGUUUUCUCCCUGUUAACUAAGCAGGCCUUGCCUUAACCUGUCAUCAGAAUUCAGACAGCCUGCCCUCACCAGGCUGGUGGCCUAAACUAUACUCUAUCUGGACAGGGUCAAUAGCUUUGGCUCGAAUCAUGUAUAUAUAUUAUAUAUAAAGAAAUGUAUCGUGAUAGAUAUGUCCCUAAGAGCGAUUACUCGAUCAAAGUAAAGAAGUUGUCAAAAUGUACAUUCCUAACAUCCUUCAACCUAGGUAUGCAAUUGGAGGCAUCUAUAUUUGUCCAUGCAUUGGGUGUUUCCUAUGUAAAUAUUUGAAAUAAAAACAAAAGCCAUUUCAUCCGGGCACAGUUAUAGUAUUUAAUUUGAAGCAGGUACUAUGAUCUGCAUGUAAUGUUAUGCCCUAAA